UGGGACCGGAGCCCCGUCCCCUUCCCUGGCACACUGGCCUGGUGGACGCCCGUCCACUUCUGCUUUCCCUGGCUCUCAGAGGCCCAGGUCUGGGGUGGCAGUGCGGUUGCCUGCGUGCUCACGCGCUGGACGCCUCUCACUUUUUGCACUGCACCCCGGGGAGGCUGGAGUUUAAUCGCACAGUGUCCGGCUUCCUGUCCUCGUCCGCCCCCCUCCGGCCCGCUUCCCUGGCCCCUCCCUCUCCCCUGGCCCGAUCCGCCCACCGGCUCCCCCUCCCCAUCCCUCGGGUCCCGGGAUGGGGGGGGCGGUGAGGCAGGCACAGCCCCCCGCCCCCAUGGCCGCCCGUCGGAGCCAGAGGCGGAGGGGGCGCCGGGGGGAGCCGGGCACCGCCCUGCUGGCCCCGCUGGUGCUGAGCCUGGGCCUGGCGCUGGCCUGCCUUGGCCUCCUGCUGGCCGUGGUCAGCCUGGGGAGCUGGGCAACGCUGUCUGCCCAGGAGCCUUCUCUGGAGGAGCUGACAGCGGAGGAGCACCGGCAGGGCCCUGAACUGAAUCCCCAGACAGAGGGAAGCCAGGAUGUGGUGCCUUUCUUGGAAGGACGAGUCCGGCCUCGGAGAAGUGCUCCUAAGGGCCGGAAGCCGAAGGCUCGCCGAGCCAUUGCAGCCCAUUAUGAAGUUCAUCCGAGGCCAGGCCAGGACGGAGCACAGGCAGGUGUGGACGGGACAGUGAGAGGCUGGGAAGAGGCCACAAUCAACAGCUCCAGCCCGCUCCGCUACGACCGCCAGAUUGGGGAAUUUACAGUGGUCAGGGCUGGCCUCUACUACCUAUACUGUCAGGUGCACUUUGAUGAGGGCAAGGCCGUCUACCUGAAGCUGGACUUGCUGGUCAAUGGCGUGCUGGCCCUCCGCUGCCUGGAGGAGUUCUCGGCCACAGCAGCAAGCUCCCCUGGGCCCCAGCUCCGCCUGUGCCAGGUGUCUGGGCUGGUGCCGCUACGGCCAGGGUCUUCCCUUCGGAUCCGCACCCUCCCCUGGGCUCAUCUUAAGGCUGCUCCCUUCCUUACCUACUUUGGACUCUUUCAAGUUCACUGAGGGUUCCAGCACUCCCAGAUCCCCUAAACUUUAUCCAAACAGCUCCCAAAGCACCAUGAUGACCCCUGACGCCACCGCGGAGCUGCUCUUUGCUCCUGUCUUCUCCUCCAGGCAGGGGCAGCUGGCUCCUGUUCACGUGUUUCCCCCUCCACAGAAGCAUUGCUGUUCAUUAACAUCCCAUCCCACCUCAACUGCCCACCUCACUAGCCCCCAAAGCCCCACUUAUUCCUGACCCCCAGGCCAUACCCCUAGGCCACUGUGUUUACUGACUGUGCAGCAGGCACGGAGAGGGGCUGGACCUAGUAGCAGGAAGCCAGAGAGCCUGGGACUGGGCCACAAGUUCCCAAAUGUGAGGGGUAAGAGCCCGCCAGACACGAGCUCUUCCCCGGAUCCCUGUGGAUUUUGAAAAGAUACUAUUUUUAUUAUUAUUGUGACAAAAUGUUAAAUGGAUAUUAAAGAGAAUAAAUAAA